GGGCUCCUAUAUAAGCAAACUGCUCCCAUCAUGUGACCACCAGCAACAUGCAUCUCCUCCUGUGUUUGGUUGUUUGUACAGCGGCUCUUGUGGGAACUGCCACUGGGUAUGGGCCACCGCUCCCAGACUGUCCUCCUGGGUGGACCUUCAUUCCUGUGUGCAAUCAGAGCUGCUACAGCGACCGUGACUGCCGUCCUGGGGACUUCUGCUGUAGGUCUGGAUGCAUCAUCACCUGUGUCUCCAAACCCAAGCCAGGGAUUUGCCCAGUGAUAAAACGAGGCCCUUGUAAAGGAAAUGCGUGUCACAACGACCAGGAUUGCCCCGGAAACAAGAAGUGCUGCGGCAAGCCAGGGUGUCAGGGGUGCUACAGGCCAGAAAAGCCCGGAACUUGUCCAAAGAGAAAGUAUGAUGCGGGGGCCUGCGUUGUGUACUGUGACGGUGACUUUGACUGCCCCGGGGACCAGAAGUGCUGCGGAAGCUGCCCCAGGAGAUGUGAAAAACCAUGCUAUGACUGAAUAUAUUGAUGUAAAUGUUGGUGAAUAAAUAUCUCCUGUUGAAA